AAACGUUCAGGAGAGAUAUUCCAAAGACAAUUCACACGAGUCCAAGCUAGAGACUCAGAGACGCUAACUAAGCAGGCUAAGACUCUGAUCUCGACUUUUCGACACUCUAAGGGCGUAGUGAAUCUUCAGCGAACGUUCUUUCGAUUCAAUUUAACAACGACGACGGCGCUGCUCUUUGGCGAAUCUAUCGAGACACUG